AUUUAUUUCCAAUGGAAUCGAUUGUCCACUCCAUUCCACUUCCUGCUCAGUGGUCGCUUCUCAGUAACAUGGGAAGAAGUUUGAGUCGUCGCCGGCUGGUGUUUUGCUUGGGGCAGAUGGAGGGGAGGAGAGGGAGAGAGGAUCUGCUUCUGCCCUAACCUUCUUCUAGAUUUCUGCGAUCGGCUUUCUUCCUUGGAUUUGGUCGCCAUUUGCUCAAUCUCGGGAAAAUUUUGGAUCUUGCGGUGUUUUCUUUGCUGAAGUUGAGAUUUUGGGCCACCAUUCGGUCCGUCGCGGCGGUUGCUCGGAUUUGGUAGGGUACGGGUUCCUUCCCGUCAGAAGAGGUGUGAUUCACUGGGGGUUGGUCUUCUUGUUGUAUGUGGCGAUGAGGAAUCGAGUUCCGCCAUUGACGAUUCAUUGGGGAGUUUUUGUUCAGGAGAUUGUGAUAGGAACAGGUAGAUUUGUUGUUCCCCAGAGCUGUGCGAGUUUGGAUUGAACGAUCUGAAAUGGUGUUGCUGAAGAUUGAUGCCGAGAUCGUUCGUCGAGAGAGGAAGAAGCUUGUGGAUUCAUGGUGAUUUGGGCUCCGCAGGUUUGUUCAUUGACCUUUUGAGAUAUUCUGUAGUUGCGAGAGAGGAAGGAGACGAGUAUGUCGACCUCCCCUCCGCCUUCUUCUUCUUCUUCUUCCUUGACUCCGCCGUCGCCUUCUUCUUCUGCAUCUGCUUCACCUCCGCCACCGGAUUUGCUUUCGCCGCCUCCAAUCUCUAACCCACCGCCACCUUCUCCUCCUCCACCGGUGCCCAGUUCCCCUCCCCCUACACCAACCUCAACUCCUUCCUCUUCGCCACCGCCGGUCUCUCCGCCUCUUCCAGAUUCUCCGCCGCCGUCACCACCAUCAGCACCGCCGCCAGUUGCAAAUCCACCCUCGGCUACUCCCCCGCCUACGCUAUUGUCUCCUCCACCCACUUCUGUAGCCUUUCCUCCGCCGCCUGUAACACCUUCUCCUCCGCCACCGGUCUCAAUCUCCAUCCCCCCUCCCACGCCGACAAGUCAUUCUCCUCCUCCUCCGAUUCCGGCCUCUCCUCCUCCUCCGAUUCCUCCUCCUCCUCCCGUUGCAGAUUCUCUUCCGCCGCCAUCGGUACCCUCCACCCGCCAAACUCCGACUCCACCUCCACCGCCGACCAACAUUGCUCCACCAUCACCAGUCGUUCGGCCACCAAAGGCUUCACCUUCUCCUCCACAUGUGCCGAGGCCUCCCAGCUCUCCUUCUCUUCCAUCUGCAUCACCACCCGCUCCCACAACUCCUUCAACUCCUUCCCUCGAUCGAGUUUCCCCUUCCUUGCCCCCUCCCGUCAUUCCACCCGGCAAUUCGAUGAACCCAACCGGCCCUAUCUCCAGCACUGCCUUAGUUCCUCCUUCAGAUGCGCGAAACAGCAAUUCUCAAGGUGGCAGCGGUGCCGGCACCUCUAAAACAAACACCAUAGUGCCCGUUGCUGUGGUGGUGGUGCUCUUUGUACUGUGUUCUCUGGUGUUAGCCGUGUGGUUUGUAAGACGGCGGAGGAAGUCCGGCGAUGGAUAUGUUGCAGGGUUUCUUAUGCAUUCUCCAUAUACCUCGUCGGCAAUGUCAGAAUCACCACAGUUGAGGUCCCCAACAGCUCCCCUUAUGUACCAUCAUAAGUCUGGAAGUUUUGCAUCAGAGGCAGGGAUAGGCAAUACUCCGAUAAGCUUCUCUUACAAUGAACUAUACAACAUGACAAAUGGCUUCUCGCCGCAGAACAUUUUAGGCGAAGGAGGCUUCGGUUGCGUCUACAAAGGGCAGUUACCCGACGGUAAAGAGAUCGCCGCAAAACAACUGAAAGUCGGCAGUGGACAGGGCGAGAGGGAAUUCAAAGCUGAAGUUGAGAUUAUCAGCCGUGUCCACCAUCGGCAUUUAGUUUCCCUCGUAGGGUACUGCAUUUCUGAUAACCAAAGAUUGCUUGUUUACGACUUCGUGCCCAACGGUACACUUGACUCUCAUCUUCAUGGGAACGAAACGGCGGUACUUGAUUGGCCAACCAGGGUUAAGAUUGCAGCUGGGGCAGCUCGAGGCAUAGCCUACCUACAUGAGGAUUGGUUUUUGAUAGGCCAUCCAAGGAUAAUUCACAGAGAUAUCAAGUCCUCCAAUAUAUUGUUGGAUAACAACUUUGAAGCUCAGGUUUCGGAUUUUGGGCUGGCAAGGUUAGCUAUGGAUGCUAAGACGCAUGUCACAACCCGUGUGAUAGGAACUUUCGGAUAUAUGGCGCCAGAAUAUGCAUCAAGUGGCAAAUUGACUGAGCGAUCUGAUGUUUAUUCUUUUGGGGUUGUUCUUUUGGAACUUAUUACUGGACGAAAGCCAGUGGACGACACUCAACCUAUGGGCGAGGAGAGCCUUGUCGAGUGGGCACGCCCACGGCUAACCGAAGCGCUUGAAACUAGAGACUUUGGAGAAAUAGCUGAUACAAAACUCAGAAACAACUAUAACGAAACCGAAAUGUUUCGUUUGAUUGAAGCAGCGGCAGCAUGCAUUCGACACUCAGCGACAAUGAGGCCUUCAAUGGGAAAGGUUGUACGACUUCUCGAUGCGUUGACCGAUUUGGAUUUGAACAACGGUGUCAAACCUGGCCAAAGCGGAAUCUUCAAUGCCUUAGAGUCCGGCGAUAUUCGAUUAUUUCAGCGAAUGGCAUUCGGUACCCAAGUUUCCAGUCCUGAUUACAGCCAGUCAAGUUUGAGCAAUCAAUCAGAAUUAUGAAAGGUUCUUCAGGACUCCUACUUCAUCUUGUCAUCAUCAUUGUUUGGUUCUUAAUCUAUUGUCGAAUAGGAUGAUCUUUGUUAUAUAGACCAAGGAUCUCUUUACUUGGAGUGAAAAAUAUACAUGUAUAUUUUUUCUUUUAGAUUUUUUUUCAAUAUUUGGUGCCAUAUAAAAUGGUGGUGAAUGAAGACAUUUAUAUUGUCCAACAGAAAUAUGGGCAUUUUAAAAUAUAGAAUUGUAGCAGCUAAGUGAUU